ACACACACACACACACACACACAAACACACACACACGGACUAUAAGAUUCAACUUUAUACCAAAAACACCUCUUCCACUGAGAGGACGUCCACAGGAGGGAAUACUGGAACACCUUCCACUUCAAGCAGCUGCUGAAUCCACACGCUGAGAGUUUCACCAGAACAAAGACUCAAAGUGAAAGUAAGUCUCAGGGAACAGGGAGCGGCUGCUGCUGAGUUCACUGCUUCACUCACAAACAACAUGGCUUCCAGAUUAGAGGAAGAUCUCUGCUGUACUGUCUGCCAUGACACAUUUAAAGAUCCUGUGGUCCUGUCCUGCAGCCACAGCUUCUGUAGAGCCUGUCUGCAGACCUGGUGGACGGAGAAAGUCAUCAAGGAGUGUCCACUUUGUAAGAGACCUUCAGAUUAUGAACCUCCCUGUAACCUGGUGUUGAAGAACCUGUGUGAGAGUUUCCUACAGGAGAGAGAUCAGAGACCUCCAGAGGCUCUCUGCAGUCUGCACUCUGAGAAACUCAAACUAUUCUGUCUGGACCAUCAGCAGCCAGUGUGUGUCGUCUGCAGAGAUUCAGAGAAACACAGCGACCACAGAUUCAGACCCAUCGAUGAAGCUGCACGACAACACAAGAAGGAGCUUCAGGAAACUCUGCAGCCCUUAAAGGAGAAGUUAGAGACUUUUAAAGAAGUUAAAGUGAAGUUUGCUCAAACAGCAGGACACCUGAAGGUCCAGGCCCGACGCACAGAGAGGCAGAUUAAGAAGCAGUUUAAGAAGCUUCACCAGUUUCUAGAAGAGGAAGAGGAGGCCAGGAUGGCUGCACUGAGGGAGGAAGAGGAGCAGAAGAGGAGGAUGAUGAAGGAGAAGAUGGAGGCUGUGAGCAGAGAGAUAGCAGCUCUUUCACACACAGUCAGAGACACAGAGGAGGAGCUGAGAGCUGAAGACGUCUCCUUCCUGCAAAACUACAAGGCUGCAGUGAAGAGGCUGCAGCGCCCCCUGCUGGAGGAUCCAGAGCUGCCCUCAGGAGCUCUGAUAGACCAGGCCAAACACCUGGGCAACCUCAGCUUCAACAUCUGGAGCAAGAUGAAGGACAUGGUGUCCUACUCUCCUCUCAUCCUGGACCCAAACACUGCUCAUCCAUACCUCGUACUGUCUGAAGAUCUGACCAGUGUGAGACUAGGAGAGAGACAGGAACUUCCUGAUAAUCCAGAGAGGUUUGAUAGUUACUACUGGUCUGUCCUGGGCUCUGAGGGCUUUAACUCAGGGACUCACAGCUGGGAAGUCCAGGUUGGAGACAAUAGAUGCUGGGCACUGGGUGUGUUUGCAGAGUCUGUCCAGAGGAAGGGAAGUAUACUGUCUGGAGUAUGGAGAAUAGAUUAUAAUGAAGAUACAUACUCAUCAUGGCCACCAUCCGAUCCAGAAACUCCUCUCCUCCUGCAGAAGCAGCUCCAGAGGGUCAGAGUGAGUCUGGACUGGGACAGAGGAAAGCUGUCGUUCUCUGAUCCUGACACUAACACACACAUACACACCUUCACACACACUUUCACUCAGAGGAUGUUUCCAUUUAUUUGCACUUGGUAUGUACGCCCACUUAAGAUGUUACCACUGAAGGUCUCUGUGACGGUAGAACAACAUGAUGAUGAUGAUGAUGAUGAUGAUGAUGAUGAUGAUGAUGAUGAUGAUGAUGAUGAUGAUGAUGAUGAUGAUGAUGAUGAUGAUGACAUAGAUUGAUUUGCUUAAUAUUUCAUACCUUUCUGCUAAUUCUUUUUUAAGUGUCUGUUCCUUUCCCCCAAACAGUUUUCAGUGAAGGCUUCUCAGAUGGUUGUUAGCCAGGUUAACCAUUAAAGAGAGAACUGGAGGAUUUCCCAAAAAUAGGUCAAACUCUUUCUUUAAAGUUUGGUCAGUAGGCCUGCUGAUAUAUUUAUGUGUUUGAGUUGAUCAGGGAUCAGUCGUAUCAUUUUGGGUUCGAGUCAGUGUGAUUCUGGUGUCAUGUUUUUGUAAAUAAAAUAAAUGAAAAAGAAAA